AUGCGAUCCCUCAUUUUCACAAGGUGUCUCGCCCUGUUCCAAACCGCCUGGAGCGGGUGCUCUGGCAACGACAAGCGGCCACACUCCCGCGAACCAAGUGGUCAUGGUGCACUGAAUCAAUCCACAAGAAAGAGGUCAGGCACGGCCGAUGUUGCUGUCUUCGGGCUAUCAAGUGUGUUGUCACAACAGCAGCCAAGUGAGAGCAGACGUCAGGCUGGAAAAGUCAGGCCGGUUGCAACGGGCCAAUUAGUAACCGUUGGAUGGAUGGCAGGCAAUCUAGUGGCUUCCCACCAUCCAACAAGAUACGGCCGACUCGUGGACGAAGAAGCCUUCACCUGCUGGGGCAUCAAGGCAUCCAAUCGCCAGGUGAACCGGUCAGCGGGUGUGCCAGCGGAUCACCCGAAAGCCAUCACCAUUCUCGCAUGA